GGGGGGCGCGGGCCAGGGCCGGCAGGCCGGUCCAGCUGGCAGCGGGACAAGGCGAGGCCCGGCAGCGGGCGGCUCCGCUCCGCUCCGCCCCGCGGCGCUCCCCGCCCGGCAGCCCCGCCGCCGCCGCCGCCGCCGCCCGGCUCCGGCCCGCCUCCCCCCAGCACCCCGCGAGGAACAGCUCCUUUGCAGUUUGCAGCACCGCAUUAAACAGGGAGAGCGAGGGAGAGAGGAGGGAAGGAAGCAGCCCGCAGCGCUGGGUUACGGAAAGCGGUAAAGGCUCUUCCAGGACAAACUGAAUCAUUUGCAAAAAAUAGCUCCCUCAGCAGGGUUAGGCUUUUUUUUUUUUUGUUCCCUUUCCUUUAACCGAGCACACAGAAGUGCCCCUACCCCAGCGUACAGCCAACCUGUCGGCCUGAGGGGCACCUGAACCAGCCAAAGCAGAAUGUACCAGGGACACAUGCAGGGGAAAGGCGCUAGGGCGGCAGAUAAGGCUGUUGCCAUGGUGAUGAAGGAGAUUCCGAGGGAGGAGUCUGCAGAGGAAAAGCCCCUCCUUACUAUGGCAUCACAGCUGGUGAAUGAACAACAAGAAAGCAGACCACUUCUGAGCCCCUCCAUUGAUGACUUUCUCUGUGAAACUAAACCAGAAGCUGUUGCAAGGCCUGUAACAUCAAAUACUGCAGUAUUAUCAACAGGUCUGGAUCUCUUGGAUCUUAGUGAACCUGUCUUACAAAGCCAAAACAAAGCAAAGAAAUCAGAGAAUCCAUCAAGAAGUGAAGGCUUAAAAGCUUCAAUCCACAGAAAGAAGACAGACAAUUCUGACCUUAGAAGUGUGGAUACUGAGCAGAAAGCCCAGACUGUCAGAGUUUCAGACAAGUCUUCACUAGAUUUAGUUGAUAUUCAGACACAGCUAGAGAAAUGGGAUGAUGUCAAUUUUCAUGGAGACAGGAGUAGCAAAGCCCACCCUUCUACAGAGCGAACAUCGUCAUCAUCUAGAGCUCCAUCAAAAGAGCUUUUAUGGUCCACAGAAAACAGAUCACAGUCUGAGCUGACUAAUGUCAAGAGUGCCUUGGAGUCCGAUCCAACAUCAGAAUUAGAACUUGCAUCUGCAACACAGGCACGAUCAACUAAGGAGCAGCGUUGGGGAGGGCCCCUACUCUCCAGAAAUCACUCUUUGGAGGAGGAAUUUGAAAGAGCAAAGGCAGCUGUUGAGUCAGACACAGAGUUUUGGGAUAAAAUGCAAGCAGAAUGGGAAGAAAUGGCUCGCAGAAACUGGAUUUCAGAGAACCAGGAAGCACCAGGGCAAGUCACCAUCUCAACCAUUGAGAAGGGUUAUUUUUUCCAUACUGAGAAUCCCUUCAAAGACUGGCCUGGUGCUUUUGAAGAAGGACUGAAAAAAAUGAAAGAAGGUGACCUGCCGGUUACAAUCUUAUACCUGGAAGCUGCUAUUCUACAAGAACCCAACGAUGCAGAGGCCUGGCAGUUCUUGGGUAUAACACAGGCAGAGAAUGAAAAUGAGCCAGCAGCCAUUGUCGCCCUCCAAAGGUGCCUGGAACUACAGCCAAACAACCUAAAAGCUCUGAUGGCCCUGGCUGUAAGUUAUACUAACACUGGCCAUCAACAAGAAGCCUAUCAAGCUCUAAGAAACUGGAUAAAGCAAAACCCAAAAUACAAAUAUAUAGCUAAAAGCAAAAAAGGGUCCCCAGCACUUACCAGGAGAAUGUCUAAGACAUCAGAUGAAAGCUCAUUACUUGAAGAAGUAAAGGAUCUGUAUCUGGAAGCUGCUCACCAGAAUGGUGAUAUGAUAGACCCUGACUUGCAGACAGGACUUGGAGUUCUUUUCCACCUGAAUGGAGAAUUUAACAGAGCAAUAGAUGCAUUUAGUGCUGCUUUAACUGUUCGACCAGAGGACUAUACAUUAUGGAACCGUCUUGGAGCAACCUUGGCAAAUGGGGAUCGAAGCGAGGAAGCUGUCGAAGCCUACACACGUGCUUUAGAAAUCCAACCUGGCUUCAUUAGGUCCAGAUACAAUUUAGGGAUAAGCUGCAUCAACCUAGGGGCAUACAGAGAGGCUGUCAGCAAUUUUCUCACUGCUCUCUGUUUGCAAAGAAAGAGCAGAAAUCAACAACAGGUUCCCCAUCCUGCUCUAUCAGGCAACAUUUGGGCAGCACUUCGAAUUGCUCUGUCUAUGAUGGACCAGCCAGAACUAUUUCAAGCUGCCAAUGUGGGUGAUCUAGACAUUCUGUUAAGAGCUUUUAACCUAGAGCCAUAAUAAAAAGUAUCCACAAAUUGAUUACAUUGUAUUAGGAAACAGAGAACUCUUUUAUAUCUCAUCUCAACAAGACCAUAUUUUUCAAAAGAUCAUGGCUGUAGAUCAGUAAAGAAAUUCCCUUGGACAUUAUUUAAAAAGGAAAAGUUCAAAAGCACAAAAUACUGUACAUAAACUCAAAGGAUUGAAACAAGCUGUGGCUAAUCUGACAAAGCCCUGAACUAUAUGAAGUAGCCAUUUCUAAAGAAUCUUCAUCCCAUGCAAGCUCUAUCUCUCUCUAUAUGCACAGCUAUACAAAGAAAAAUAUAUUAAAAACAAAGCUAGAUAAUCGUUAUUGCACAUUAGAAUGGAAGCAAUGCAUCCAAGGAACCUGCUUAGUAGCUCAUCGCACUAUGCCGACAUCACUUUGCCCUAAAACGUGGAUUCCGUGUCCUUUGGUUUCUUUGUUGAAAAGUCCUCUCAAGAUUCAUUUUUAACACAGAUCUGAGAACAGAUGCAUGUAAAAUGGAUGUAUUUUGGUUGAAUAUAUUUAUUAGCUGGCAGUCAAGAAAAGUUUUGCUUCCAAAUGUAACAUUAAGAGAAACAUCACACAUGGAGGUCUAUGGGAUUAGGCCAUGUACAUAUGGGAAGGCCAAGUGUUGCCAACAGAAGCAGUAAUUUGCACUAGAAUUGUUGCUGUUUAAACCAGCUAUCCCUGAUCUUGCACAGAGCACAUCUGCUUCAAAGGGGCUCAUAGCAGGAUCUGCAACUAUGUACUUAUGCACUUUAAUCUUUCUUUUUGUAAGAUAGUGCUAUGCUUUCAUUUUAGUUACUAACAACAGAAUGUACAGGAUAGCCUUGUUGGCAUAGAGGACCAAAUAUAAUUUCCUGAAAUGUGAUGAGAGGGUUUUCAAUAUUCUUGUGUUUAAAAAAUGCAAAUACAGUAUAAACUGCAAUAUCCAUUAGAAAGAUCAUUCUAUUAUCAUCAGGUACUGCACACAUACACGCAUGUGCAUGCACAUACAUGUUGUACGUGAAUUACGACAUUUCAGAACAUAUUAAUCCACAGAACUUUAUUGCAAACAAAGAAAAAUCUUCAUAGGACUUAAUGCCUGCAGACCAUGCUCAAGGGAAAAUAUUCCCUGAAAAAGUUGGUCUGUAUAACGCUGGUAGGAUCGAGACUAAGAUUUGAUCCUGCUAUUACAGCAAGCAGUAGCAAAAGUCUCAGUGAUCUCCAUGAUAGCAGACUAAAUCCUUAGAUAACAUCAGUACUUGUAGCUGCCUAAAAAUGUAUAUAUAUAUACAUACCAUCUUAAUUUUCCCUGACUGGAUGAAUGGGGAACAGUAUUGGGGCAUUACAUGAUGAAAAGAUUGAUUCAGCUACAAUCAAACACAUUUAGCUCAAGGUGAAUGUGUCAAUCAAAAACAGGAAUAGAAAUUUUUAAGGUGAUAAUUUUCAGUUGCUGAUAUUUUUCCUGUAAAGUGAAAGAUAAAAAGCCUCAUCACUAUGGCUACUAUGUUGAUCUGUGGUCAGGAAUUCAAUGUGCAGGAUAGGUACUGAAAUGUGUUGAAGUGGGACAAAUAGCACAUUUCCUACAAACAGCAUUAAAAGAAAAAUCCAGCUCCAUCAGCUGGAUUAAAAAAAAAAAACCAAACCAACCAAAAAAAAAAAAAACCCCAACCCAAAACACAACCAGCAAAAACCUGCAAAAAUCAUAAAGAAAGAAGCCCUGUGGGAAUUGGACAGUUUCAACAGUACAAACCUAAUGUUUCUUGCAGCUGUCUGUUAUUUUGAGCAACCACUUAAAGGAAAAUUCCAUGUAAGACAGCGUAAUCACUGCAUCUAAUCACCAACUAUAGUUUGUUAAAUAAUCGAUUUUCAUUAAAAAAUAAAAGGCUUACCCCACACUCUCUCCCACAGAAUACAGAUGCUGAAACUGCUACAGGAAUUUUUUAGUACUGCUUUAUUAAUUCAUUCUUUACACAUGUAUUCCUAUUCAGCUAUUGAGUGUUUCAUAACUGAUUCCUGCAACUUUCUCUAAGGAUUAGUUAUCAAGGACUGACUGGGAGUGUCGUUUUAGCUAAGUGGGCUGCUGUAGGCAUGUGUGCUGAUAACAGUUUGCUCUUUCGCUUUGAUAGCGAUGUGUGAUAAGGCAGAGCAGAAGGUAUGGUGCAAUUGAAUCUGGAAAGUGAUAAGAAAGAAGGGAGGCAGCUUUGAGAAGAGGCUGUAAGGCAAAAGCAAUAUGCUUAGAUUUUGCUUGAUGCCCUGCCAUCACACAAAUUCUUCUAGAAUAUCCUCCGUGCUGUGGUGUAGGAUAAUCAGUACUUAUCCAGAGGAAUUGGCUGCUCAAGGGCUUUAUUUUUAUACCUUUCAAAUAAAAUAAAACCAACUUAACUGCUUGACUUCUCAGAGUCAGAAUGACAAGGGGCAUUUGAUACUCAUAGCAGUUCACUAAACCUCUUCUUCUCUAGGAUGUGGACAAGGAACACAGCAAUUCUUUUAGAAAAACCUAAUGCAACUCCUCGUGUCUCCAAAAGGAGCAGACCGAGUAGGCAGUUUUUGGUAUAUCCUGGAAUGCACUGCUCAAAACUGCAUUCAUCUGCUGAUACGUGUCCACACCCACGUGACUGGUGUGAGGAAAGUUGUCUGUGUAAACCUAGAGACAAAUCACUGGGGCUGAACUCUGCCUCCCAAGGGGAUACUCAGGCCCCCAGUUCAUCACAAGUACUGCAAUCCUGCUGUACUGGACACAGGCUAUAAAGCCUAUCCAAAGAGAUUGUGCACACUCUUGGAGAUUAGCCUAUUUGCUCCAAUUAACAAUGUUCCACUGACCAAGACACUGCAUGAGGGAAAGACUAAAGCAGAUAGGGGACAGUGACACAUCUCCUUACCCUAGACACCAGUUCUGGCCUGGUCUGUGUGGAGGAGUGGCUGGUGACUGAGCUCACCUCACUCUAACAGCUCAGGCUCAGCAGCUCUUGGUACUUCUGGGGACUUCUUCAAUAUCCUGAGCUUUCUUGUCCUCCUUUAGCCCCCACUGCGAAGCACUGUCAGUGCAGAAGACAUGAUUAGAUACAGCUUUGAUCCAGCCUCCUCUCAGUGUUUCUCAAAUAUUCAGCAGCAAGCAUGUACAUUUGCCUGAAACAGGAAGAGAAACCAUGUGAGGAGGCUGCAGCAUAUUAACAACCUGAAGAGGAAAUUCAUCUACUCAUACUUCUAAUCAAGCGUGAGGUAGGAUAAGCAAGGCAGCUGCUGAACAGUAGCAGAUUGAGCCUGAGAGUGACAUGGUAAAUGUGGGUCCUGUUCUCAGUGCUCCCUGUGAGCUCAACCAAUUCAAAACCUCCUGCCAUCUCUGACUUGCUCAGGUGUGCAAGGAAGGAAGAUGGACAAAUAACAGCCACUGCCUGUGAUGGCACUGGCAAAGAGCAGGGGAGUGCCACUAUCCCACAGACCACACGGGUCAGGUCACCACCCAUGUAAAUUGAAAGGUAGCGCACGAACACAAGGUUGCUCAGAUCUACGUAAGGAAACAAACUUUAAGUUUCACAUAAGAGACUAGCAAUUUCAGCAGAGAAGAGACUGAGACAUUUCAGGAUAACUGUGCAGCAUCUAUGGGAUGAUGACAAAUUAAUGUUACAAUGGUUUAUUCAUCAUCUCUCCCCCCUGUUUCCCUUUCUUGUUACUCCCCUCUUUCUCCAGAGGUGAUUUAUCACUGCCAGGUAAUUGAUUACAAGUGGUUUUGAGUCUUCUAUUUUAUAUUUCAUACAGUUACAGAAUGUUUUCCUAACCCCAGCUUGUGAAUGUCCCUCUCCUCUGCAAAGCUUUAUGAGUAUUUACGAUGUGUAAGUCUGAUCCAUCAAGCUGCUGAACAGCGAAAGUCUGUAGUCUUCACAGGAGUCCUCAGCACUUGGCAUGAUCAGCUCAUGUGCCCGUAUUCAGUGACCGGACAAGGGCUGGCCCCUGAUACCACUGCACAUGCUAAACAGGCACUGAAAUCAAAGUGAUUAUUUAUGGAGUGAGGCUUUCCAAUGAAAGUAAUAGCCUCAUUUCUUGCCUAUCUGCUAAACUAUAACGUCUAUUGCUGCAAUAUAGUGGUUUAUGUCAGUUUCAAGAAUUGAUUUGAUCUUCAGGUAAACACAUAUACAUAUCUGUAUCUAAUGGUAUUUUCUUACGAUGUGAUGAAACACAGCACUUGUAAAAAUAUUGAGGGGGAGGUUCCAAUGACAAAACCUCAUAUGACAAUAUUGCAUGCAAGUACAUUAAUAACCACACUUAAAUAUUAACACAAAGCAUGCAGUAAUAAUACGUGCAUAUAUGUUUACAGAAUGCAUGCAGAAGACCCACUUAUAGGGUAUUUUUAAACUAUUGAUUGGUAUCUUCUAUGGGAUAUUUUAAAAGUACUUUGCAUCUGCCAUACUCAAAACUAAGUUGUUCAUGUUACUUGGAACAGAUUAGACCAAACGCAGAGCCCUUUUUAAAUCCCAUCCUUAGAAAUCACUUUGUGUUGUGCAUUUCAUGUUUGCUUCAAGUGCUUAUUUAAUGACAGACAUCUGUAGUAACAGCUUUGGCAGACAUGCUUUAGUAUCUUCUUAAGAAUUAAAAAGCUAAAUGUGUGCAGCUUUCACCGUGAGGCAGGUGUUUAGAUUUUCACAUUUUCUUCUCCAAAUCAGAGAAAAAAUAUUCCCAGAACCAGUGAAACAACUAUUGUCUCAGUCCACACUUACUUACCAUGGCAAGGCUUUUCAAAGUUGCCCACUAGCUCUGAAAGCAGCUGUGUCCAACUGUCCUGUUUGAAAUAUAUACAUGUAAAACUUCAGAGGAUCUGAGUAUCUGCUGCAACCACUGAUUUCAGCAGCAGACACUGAACUCAGCUGAAAGCUCAGAACAUGAAGUUACACAUGAAGAGCUAAUGAGCCAAUUUAGAGAACUCGGACCUGUCUGGCAGGUGAAAAGGAGGACCCUGACAGCACCAGCAGAUCAGCCAGGUGAUUCUAGAAACACCCAUAAAGCACAGGCCUCCAUAACACAAAAGCCACCACGACAGAAAUAAUAACCAAUGAAAUUACUGGCAGCCACAGAGGCAAAGCCUGAAGCCUAAAUCAUUGCCUGUUGGAGCCAGUGAGAAUUGGAGUGAAACAUAAAUUGGUUUUACAUCUCCUUUGCCCCAAUGUGCAUCUGCAAAAUGAGACAUAUUAGUUACUUCACAUUAAUAACCUGCACAGUUGAAAAACAGAUUUCUGGUCACCAGUGUUCUCAUCUUAGCAGUCUGUACAGUGCAUUUAUGUAAUAAAUGCUUAUAAAAAUACCAAUACGGAGUAUUCACAGAUACGUGAUAGACAAAAUGCACUGCAUGUUGUGAAAAAUAAAAUAAAAAAGUGGUAUGCAAUACAGUACUACCUACUACUCAAACCUCAUCUAGGCUAAGCAUCAGAUUCCUUCAUUAUAGUUCUACUAGUUUUGGACUGGUGAAAUAAAUGAGAGAAAAGGAAUGCCAUGCAUGAAGAGAUCACUGACACUUUGAACAAACCUAGGCAAAAUGAAAACAAGCAUGUCACAGAAUCCACAGAAAGUUUCAGAGCCUCAGCCCACAAAAUCAUAGGUAUUAGAUAUGGGAAAGAGACAGAAGGAAUCUAAUUUUCCUAAAAUAAGCUGUAACUUUAUGAAUGCUUGCACAAGUGACAGCCCAUUGAGCAAGCUUGCAUGGUCAAGACUUAAUGUGCUUUGAUCUUUAUUCCCCUUCCACAUUUACAGAAUGCCAUUGACAUUGGUAAAACUUUAAUUUAAAUUGCCUUUUUAAUAUCAGUAAUCUAUUGUAAAUUCAGAAAAAUCAAAAGCAUUUAUAAGUAUAUUUUAUAUAUCUGAGUAUAACAUGUCUAGAGCAGAAGAAAACUAUAGUUUUGAGAGGCAUUCUGUGCAGCUUCUUCUAUAUGCUGUAAACUGUUUGAAAAUCUUUGCGAUCUUGCAUCAGUUUUUUUGGCUUUAUUUUUAAGCCAACAUACAGGAAAGAAGAGAUUAUAGGGUUGGCAGAUACUUUCACCUGGGCCAUCUGAAGAGCCCUGCUGCUGCAAAGACUUACAUUGCUCACUUAACUUUUUGUGUGGAUAGUUAAGCGUAGGUGCAAGGCUUAGCAGUGAGGUGGGCAGUGGAUGCAGAGGUGGGAGUUCAGCCCUACACCUGAAUGUUUACAUUCCGUUACCAAGGUUCAUAUUGACCCAGAUUGAGAAGCUGAGUGUAAGCACAUACGGAGUAAAAGAUUAGUUUCUUACUACAGGUAACUUUGCCUCUAUAUACUUAGUGCAUUAUCAGCUGUGUAUAAUAUUAAACACAGACCUGUAGUUUACUGAUGCUUUAAUUUGAUGGUUUUUUGCACUGCUGGUUAAAAUAAUCUAUUUCCUCAAAAAGGAACGAUGUGCAUAUUGGAUGUGUUAAAUUUAUUAAGGUCAUAGAUGACUAUUUGCAGAGCGCCACAUUUAAUGUAGUAUUUUUGUACUAUAACGGAGGCAUGCCUUCCUUGGGUUCUUUUCCACAUAUUAAAUUGUAUUUAUUUACCUGUAUUUAUAACUGUGCAAUUUUUAAAUAUGUUUUAAAAAUAAACUUUGUCUGUGGCUUCAAA